UCUGAAUGGAUUCAGCUGCAUUAUUAUCACUGUGGCAACAGCUGGAGGCAGAUGAGCUGCUAACGUACAAAUGAAUUAAGUGCUUGCGCACUUUUACGCGGGACUGCAUCCAAGCGCACCGAGCCAGCAUCCAGUAUGGGUCUCCAGUGCUUCCAAGCCAUCCCAGCGGUCGUGCUCUUAAUACUGGCAAUAGUGGGGAUUUUGCUAGUGGUCAUUCCGGCUAAAGACAUGGAGAAGCCUCCAGAGAACAUGUACGGAAUUGUACUGGAUGCAGGUUCAUCCCACACCUCCAUGUACAUCUACAAGUGGCCAGCUGACAAGAUCAAUGGCACUGGUAUCGUCACCCAGCAUAGCGAGUGUCACGUCGAAGGUGGGGGCAUUUCCAGCUAUGCAGGCAAACAUGGUGGUGCAGCAAAAAGUCUGGGACCCUGCAUGGACAAAGCUAUGAAGGACAUCCCCAAAUUCAGGCACCGCCAAACUCCACUCUAUCUGGGAGCUACUGCAGGCAUGAGGCUCUUGAACAUAGUCAACACCACUGAGUCACAGCGAGUCCUGAAGGAAGUGGGCAACAAGCUGCGGUCUUACCCUUUCAAUUUCCGAAAUGCAACCAUCCUGAGUGGACAGGAGGAGGGGGCGUAUGGAUGGGUCACCGUCAACUACUUACUUGAAAACUUUGCCAAGUCUGGUUUUGUGUGCCGUUGGCUGAAUCCGGGCAAGGCGGCAAUCGGAGCUUUGGAUUUAGGCGGUGCCUCCACUCAGAUCACCUUUGAGACCUCGGAAAAGAUUGAGAGCAAGGAAGAUAUGAUGGAGCUGAUGCUUUAUGGACAGAAAUACAAGCUAUACACCCACAGCUUCCUUUGCUACGGCCAAGACCAGUUUCUACGAAAACUUCUGGCUCACCUGAUCACGUCUCAAGGUGCGAAGGCCCAGAUCAACCACCCCUGCUACCCACGAGGGUUUAACACCACCAUCAAACAAGGGGAGGAUGUCUUUGACUCUCCGUGCACUAAGGACUACAAACCAAUCCCAUUUAACCCUCAGAUGUCUGUGUCAGUAGUGGGUACUGGAGAUUACCAUACCUGCCUGGACAAUGUAAAAAAUAUGUUCUCCCUCCGCAACUGCUCUUACUCCAAGUGCUCCUUUGAUGGGGUCUUCCAGCCCAACGUAACCGGAAGCUUCAUGGCAUUCUCUGCCUUUUUCUUUACCCACAGCUACAUCACUCAGCUCACCAACAUCACUAUCACGAAUCCUAGCCGAAUGAGGGAGGCAAUCCGGCUCGUCUGCAACAUGACCAUCUCUGAGAUGACUCAAAGGACAAAGCAGCAGGAGAAAUACAUGAAGAACGUCUGCGCUGCCUCCAAUUUCGUCCAGGUCCUCUUAACGGAGCACUACGGCUUUAAUGAACGCUUAUUCCCUUCCAUUUCUUUUCAGAAAAAGGCUGGAGGAGCAUCUGUAGGCUGGGCUCUGGGAUAUAUGCUGAGUCUGACCAGCAUGUUGCCAGCAGAGGGCAGAGCAUGGGUGAAGACUCUGGCCGCAGGGCCCUGGGCUAGCAUCCUCGUCCUCUUCAUCCUCGUCCUCUGCAUUGCACUGGGAUACCUCAUGAUGACUUACAGAAACAUGACAACUAAAGAAGACGUGGUGUGAAUGUGACACACAUCUCAGAUCAGUUCAAUUCCUUGUAGAGUAUCCACAUGUCCAUCCAAAUUAGUAAAAUACUGUAUAUUACAAUUAAAAUUUUGUUUGCAAUGCCAUAAAACUUCUGCUUUUGCUUGUGGACACUCACAUGUCACCAUGGGUCAAAAUAAAACCAUGUAAUUUGGAAAUA